UAAAUAGAGGCUUCUCGUUAACUCUCUACCCUUCGUUUCUUCUCCGCUUCCUUUUUAUUGUGUCCGAAGAGCGGUGGAGACGAUCAUCUAAUCCAUCGGGGCUUCUUGAUCGAGAAGGGUCUACGGUUAUCGAUCUGGUCCUGUCGACGCCUCCUAGUGUUAGGACACAAAGCAAAAACCGAGUGUUCAUGUCUGAUCUUGACGUCCAGACCCCAACUGCAUUCGAUCCUUUUGCUGAGGCAAAUGCUGACGACUCUGGUGCUGGCACAAAGGAAUACGUGCAUAUCCGCGUCCAGCAACGUAAUGGCCGAAAGAGUCUGACGACUGUUCAAGGACUAAAGAAAGAGUUCAGCUAUAGCAAAAUUUUGAAGGACCUCAAAAAGGAGUUUUGCUGUAAUGGUACUGUGGUUCAGGACCCAGAGCUGGGCCAGGUCAUUCAACUUCAGGGUGAUCAGCGAAAGAACGUUUCGACUUUCCUGGUUCAGGCCGGCAUUGUGAAGAAGGAGCGCAUCAAAAUACAUGGUUUCUGAGUAGCCAAAUGCUCAAACUGCAUCAAGACUUCGUACCUAUAUAUUUGGUUUGAAGAAAUUGUAUGUACUUUAAACAGUGUGAACUGAUUCUAGGGCCACAGUUUGCUGUGACUCCAGAGUCCUACCCCUUCUUUAGAUGGAUUGUUGCUUCGUUGGUUCGAAUUGUGUGUGUUGGUAUGAAUCUCAUCCUAUUAUAAGAUGCUAUAAGACUUUCUUACAAAGUUAUAUUCA